AGAAUCCUAAAUCGUCGAUACGUGCAAUAUAGUAAAAUACGAAAAAUAUAUUGGUUGCGCAUCAUAGCUGUCCAGAAGGAAGAAGGAAGCUGCAGAAGAAUCGGCGAUCAUGGACGAUUGGGAUGCCGGAGGCAGCGGUGACGGCGGCUUCCGCCUGGGAAAACGGCAGUCAGAGAAGGGCGAGGUUGAUUACAAGUCGAAGGCCGGGACGGCGUGGAGCCACUCUUAUCUCAACCAGAAGCCAUGGCAUCCCCUAUCUUACCCUAACCAACGCCGGAAGUGGAUCGCCGAGCAGACCCACGCCAACCAUCAGCGUAGAUCCGAGGAAAUUUCUCGGGAGUUCUCCCAGGAGCAGGAGUUUUUUCGCCAGACCGCGCUCUUCUCUAAGAAAGAGAAGGAGAAGAUGGAAAUAAUGAAAGCUGUGAGUUUCAUGUAUGUUCGUCCACCUGGAUAUAAUGCUGAAAGUGCAAAAGCUGCUGAAGUUUUAGAUGAGAAGAAAAGAUCAGAUGGAAAUACUGCUGUUCAAGACCCUAAUACUGGAACAAAUAACUGUUCAAUGAAUGAUUCAAAAUCUGAACAGGAAAAUCCUGUUGAGGACAAGAAGUCUAGACCAAGGGAUGUUUUUGGCCGACCAUUACCAACGGAGAAUGAAUUUGAAGUGUUGAAAAAUGCUCCAAGGUUAGAGACAGGUAUGCCAGCAAGGGUGAAGCCAUUUGGAAUUGAGAUUCGUAAUGUUAGAUGUGUGAGAUGUGGGACAUUUGGACACCAAAGUGGUGACCGUGAGUGCCCAUUGAAAGAUGCAAUCAUGCCAAAUGAAGAAAGCAGGUUGAAGAGGGAUGAUCCCUUAACAACUAUAAUGGCACAGACAAGCUCUGCUGAGCCUGUGAAGUGGGAACUGAAGCAGAAACCUGGAAUGAGCCCACCUCGUGGUGGCUUUAAACAUGAUGAUCCAAACCAGCAGAUUGUUGCAGAUGAAAUAUUUGAUGAAUAUGGAGGAUUCCUCAGUGGCGGUGACAUUCCACUCACCUUACUCUCGAACUUUGCCACUGGCAAAUCCAAGAAGCAUUCCAAGAAUAAAAGCAAACAUAAGCACAAGUCUUCAGUCUCUCGUAGCGAAUCUAACCUUCAAUAUGAAGACCAGCACUCAUCCUCUGACUCGGAUUAUUAUGUGAGGGAGAGUGAGAGAUGGAAGAAUAAGAGUGAUGAAGUAUCAGAUUCUGAAAUUGACGUGAAGAAGAUUUCUAGGAACAAGGAGAAGAGGGUAAGGCCUAGAAAGAGAGAAAGAAGGCGACGGUCGAACAACAAGCAUGACAAAAGUUCUUCAGACUCUGAGGUUGAUAGGCAGAAGAAGAAAUCAUUAAAAAGCAAGCACAGGACAAGAAAUGUUUUAAGAGACAAACAUAACAGUUCGACCGACUCUGAAAUUGGUGGAGUAAAGAGGAGAUCAAACAGGGGGCAGAGGAAACUGAAGAGGCACCAUUCAGUAUCAAGUGAUUCUGAAACAUCUGAUUAUUCAGAUUCUGGACAUCGCCGCAGAAGAAGACAGCGGCACCAUAAGCAUAAUUGUACAUCUGAUUAGCAAGUUUUUAGUACAUGUAUUGGUAUCAAUGAGAUUGUGGUUAAGCAGGUUUUGUUGCGUUCGAUGGCAGCUUUUUGUAUUAGCAAAAUUGUAGCCAACAAGUUCGUGUAUAUUAUUAUUCAAAGUGUAGUAGCACAUCCGUUUUCUGAAUAGAUCUUUUUUACUUCGUUGUCUUUUA